AUGCCAUUAUCCAAGUCGUUAUCAAAGAUACAUAAAAACUUACAUAUCAAGAAGAAAGCUACAGGGAAAGACGUUACAAUACAUCCAAAUGGUCGAAAAUUCAAACAAAUUAAUCGAGCCACAUUGAGAGAAGCGAAGUUACAAUCAAAGAAAAAGGAAUUUACAGAAAGAAGAUCGAAUGAAUUAGCACGUGUUAAGUUCAUUCAAGAUUUAAUAAAUACACUAGAUGAAUAUAAAAACUGUACAAAAUUCGACGCAAAUGAGAUAGCUAGUUUUAUUCAAUUAUUUAUAAAUAGAGAUGAUGAAGAGAUUGAAGAAUUUAAAUCCAAAAGAAGACCAAAUAGACCGCCACAUAAUAAACAGGUCUUGUUAGAAAAUAAGAAAAAACUGGAAAUGGAAGAAUUUGAUAAAGGUUUCCAAAUACCUGAUUUGACUUUAGAAGAAAAUGUUAAAUUUUUAAGGAAUUGGAACGGAUCAUUUGGAGCCAUGUCAACUUUAAAAUUGAUUAGAGUCAAUUCUAAAGGUGAGAUUGUUAUCAAUUAA